AUGUCGUCUCAGAAUGUCCCAAACGACAUUAUCCUCUUCCACUACACCUUCUCUCCAUUCGCUAAGAGAAUCGUCUGGUAUCUGAAGCUACGCGGCAUUCCUUAUGCCGAAUGCAUACAGCCCUUGACGCUCCCUCGACCCGACUUGGCUCAGUUGGGCAUCAACUACCGUCGCAUACCUCUGCUAUCUAUUGGCCGUGAUGUCUACUACGACACCCGCCUGAUACUAGCAAGACUAGAGCAAAGCUUCCCAGCAUCGUCGUCACACCCACCGCUAUCGACGCCCGACAACAAAGGCUUGGAAGCCUUGCUCGAANNAAAGUUUACAGUGGAUGCGGGUAUCUUCUCCAAGGCGGCACAGGCGCUUCCGCCUGAUUUGCCGACCAUGAAGGAUGAAAAGUUUUUGAAAGAUCGGGCUGAUUUCACGGGUACUAGCUGGUCUCAAGAGGCUCGUGUGAAGGGGUACCCUGAAGCGUUGGCACACAUCAGGCAUGCAUUCGACAUACUCGAGGCUCUACUCGUUGAUGGCAGACAAUGGAUUGGAGGAACAGACAAAGUCAGCCUAGCAGAUAUUCAUGUCAAGGACGCAGAAAAGUCAUCAAAAGCAGUCUCAUUAGACGGUCAGGCCGCAAUGCAGCACAUUGUGUCUGCAUCGUAUCAUGAUCAACAAACCGGCGUAGACGAGACUGACCCUGUCAAACUCAAAGAGGGUGAUCUCGUCCAAUUGUGGCCUACCGAUAGCGGUUUCCGACACAAAGACCAAGGUCAUCUAGUCAAGCUGACAAAGGACGAAGUGGUUCUUGCCAUACAAACCAGAAGCGGAGGCAAGGAAAUCAGAGUCCAUGCGCCAAGAUGGGGCUUCAGAGUGGUGAAGGCCAAAUCUCAGCUUUGA